AUGGGACGUCUUAAUGGGACUAGACUUGGUGCUUUUAGGGCAUAUUUCUUUGGAUUUUUUGUUUGUACCGCUGGUUUUUUGUUUGGAUAUGACACGGGUAUUGUUGGUGGAAUUCUCACAUUCCAAUCCUACAAGGAUGAUUUCAGAUACAACGACAAGACCACCGUAAGCGCGGUCAUGGUCAGUCUGCAAAAUGUCGGCGCCUUUCUCGCCGCGCUAUGCAUCUUCCCCAUCUCCGAGCGCUUUGGCCGUAAAAAGACCGUCCAGGUGGCCAUGUCCAUCUUCUGCGUCGGUGUCAUCUUGCAAGUCGUCCCGUCGCAUUCGCUGGUAUGCUUCUACAUCGGCCGUUUUGUGUCUGGUCUCGGCCUCGGCGCAGGUACGGCGGUUGUCCCAUCGUACAACGCAGAGAUGGCUCCCAAGGAGAUCCGUGGUAUGCUGGGCUCUGGUGUCCAGUGGCUCUUUGCUCUUGGUGUCAUGAUUAGUUACUGGAUUGAUUAUGCGGUUGAAAAGACUCUGCCCGUCUCGUCUGCGCAGUGGCAGAUUCCAAUUGGUCUGCAGCUGGUACCGGCGACUGUUUUGGCUCUUGGUCUGUUCACGCAACCCGAGAGUGUGAGAUGGUUGGCCAAGAAGGAGCGCUAUGAAGAAGCAUGGCAGAGUCUCACCUGGAUGCGUGCUAGUGAGGGCCCUGAGGUUAAAGCCGAGUUCAACGAAAUCAAAACCGGCCUAGCUGAAGAGCUCCGUGCCACGGACGGCCUUAAGAAACGUGAACUCCUCGAACCUGCCAAUCGCUACCGUCUAGCCCUCGCCGUCUUCAUCUUCUGCGGCCAGCAAUGCACCGGAAUGACUGCCCUUGCCUACUUCGGCCCGCAAUUCUUCAAGCUCCUCGUCGGCAAUGACAGCAGCCGAUCCCUGCUCAUCACAGGCCUAUUCGGUGCUGAGAAGUUCAUCGCUGUCGGCAUUUACAUCCUCUUCUUCUCGGAGAUGUGGGGACGUAAACCCACGCUCUGGAUCUCGGCUCUGCUCAUGUCGGUGUGUUUCGUGAUCGUCACGGUUGUCAACAACACCACCCCCAAGCCUCAGCAAGAGGUUACUUCUUCGGGAAUUGCGACAGUAGCAAUGAUCUUCCUCACCAAUUCCAUCUACCAGUUCAGUUGGGGCCCGUUGCCGUGGCCUUAUACGACCGAGAUCUUCCCCUCCCGCAUCCGAGAAAUAGGCUCCUCCGUCGCAGUAGCCACCCAGUGGCUCUUCAACUUCCUCUUCUCCCUAGUAACCCCCUACAUGCAAAGUUCCUGGGGCAGUUACACCUUCCUCUUCUACGCCGCGCUGGACGUGAUCAUGGCGAUUAUCGUCUGGUUCUUCGUGAAAGAGACCAAGGGUAAAAGUUUGGAGGAGAUGGAGACUAUUUUCAAUAGUAAGGCUGCGUUUGAUGUUGAAAUUGCCCGCCAUGAGGGUGAGGAAAUUUCGGAUCAUGUCUCGGCUUUGGAGGUGCAUAAUAAGGGGGAUGGGAGUGCGAAGGGGUCGGAUGAGGAGGAUACGAGAUGA